UUCUACUAACAGGUAUCCCCAAGUGUAGCCCCAACAACUCCUCCCACUCGGCCCUGUCAUCAUCACAGGAGAAGCAUCCUCCUCUCUCUGAGGAGCUGCUCCUCUGCCUGACUUUUCACAGUCCGGUGCCCCGACAGGACUCAGCGGUCAUGGCCGGCAGUCUGACCCACCACGGCUCCCCGAACCCCGGCUAUAGCACCAACAACAACGCGGUCCCGGUGCCGGUCAUCACCCAGACGGAGUCCCGGGACAAAUGGAGCAAAAAGAUGGAUUUUCUCCUGUCUGUGAUUGGCUUUGCUGUGGACCUUGGGAAUGUUUGGAGGUUUCCGUACAUAUGUUAUCAAAACGGUGGCGGUGCUUUCCUUAUUCCCUACAUUUUGAUGGCCAUCUUUGGUGGUGUUCCGCUCUUCUACAUGGAGCUGGCACUGGGACAGUUUCACAGAACCGGAGCCAUAUCAAUAUGGAAACACAUCUGUCCCAUUUUCAAAGGUAUAGGAUACGCCAUCUGCAUCAUCGCUCUGUAUGUGUCCUUCUACUACAACACCAUCAUCGCCUGGGCCCUCUUCUACUUCUAUUCCUCGUUCUCCAGCAUCUUGCCUUGGACUAACUGCGACAAUGUGUGGAACACCCCCGAUUGCACCAACUAUUUUGGCAUGGACAACAUCACCUGGACGAAUGCCUCCAGGUCUCCGGCAGAGGAAUUUUACACGAGGAAUGUUCUUGAGAUCCACAAGUCAUCUGGGCUGAGAGAUGUUGGUGGUGUUCGCUGGCAGCUGAUGCUCUGCCUUUUUCUCAUUUUCACCAUAGUGUACUUCAGCCUGUGGAAGGGCGUGAAGACUUCAGGGAAGGUAGUGUGGGUGACCGCCACAUUGCCCUAUAUUGUGCUUUUUAUCCUGCUCAUUCGAGGCGCCACUCUGCCAGGAGCCUGGAGAGGUGUGGUGUUUUAUCUCAAACCACAGUGGGGAAAGCUGCUGGAGACCAGUGUGUGGGUGGACGCUGCUGCUCAGAUAUUCUUUUCUCUGGGGCCAGGGUUCGGGGUCCUCUUGGCUCUUUCAAGCUACAACUCUUUCACAAACAACUGCUAUCGCGACGCCAUCGUGACCAGCUUGGUAAACUGUCUGACCAGCUUUGUGUCGGGCUUCGUCAUCUUUACGGUGCUGGGCUACAUGGCAGAGAUGAGGCAAGUGGAGGUUGAGGAUGUAGCCAGAGACAAAGGACCGAGCCUACUCUUCAUCACCUACCCAGAGGCCAUUGCAAACAUGAUGGGCUCGACCUUUUUCGCGAUCAUCUUUUUUGUGAUGAUGAUCACGCUGGGACUGGACAGCACGUUUGGAGGGCUGGAGGCGAUCAUCACUGCUGUGUUGGAUGAAUACCCAGAUCAGUUCUAUCACAGACGGGAACUUUUUGUUCUGUGCUUGGUGGUUGUCUGUUUUUUAGGCUCUCUGAGCACCCUUACCAAUGGUGGUGCCUACGUGGUGAAGCUGCUGGAAGAGUUUGGAGUUGGAUGCUCAAUUAUUGCAGUGGGUUUCCUUGAGGCUAUUGCAGUUUCCUGGUUCUAUGGAAUCCAUCGAUUUAGCAAUGACGUUCAGGCUAUGCUGGGGAAAGCCCCGGGACUGUUCUGGAAAGUGUGCUGGGUUGCUAUCAGUCCUGCGUUUCUGGCGUAUAUCAUUGUGAGCUCCCUGCUGAAAGCACCACCCCUCGCACUGUUUGAUUACAAGUACCCGGACUGGAGCAUCAUAGUCGGGUACAUCGUCGGCUUAUCAUCCUUCAUCUGGGUCCCGAUCUACAUGGUCUACAAGCUGGUGUGGACCCCUGGUUCCCUCAAACAGAGAUUGGCCGUGUGUCUGAGGCCCGAGAGGACCAUACCAGACAUCCACGCUGAGAACCUCAACAUGGCCACUGUACCAUAGAGAGAUAAACAUCUCUGUGUGCUUUUAGAUUGCCAUUAAAACCACAGUUGUAGGUUUGUUUAUGGCUGAACCUAAACAUGAUCUAACAUUAUGACUGAUUACCAGUUAAUGGUGUUAAACUCUCACUGCAUAUGUACACUCUGUAUAAAGGUAAAUGCUGCUAAAUUUUUAAUUUUGAGAGGAUUUGAGAUAGCAAUACUCAUAUCUCUGCCCUAUGUGUGUGUGUGUGUGUGUGAGAGAGAGAGAAACAGAAACGAUAGAGAGAGAGCGAUUCAGACCUGCGUCACCAGGAUAGUUUAGAGUUUUCUCGUUUUGCUUUCUUGUGGUUGUACAAGUUAAGUGGUAAAAUCAGUGGUCUCGUUUCAUCUUAUAAAGAUAGAUGAUGCCAAGGAACAUAAAAACACGUGUUUCAAAUGUGACAUUCAGCACAUGGUUUUUGUUUGCAUGGGAACAUUUCUAUAUUUUACCUGCUUUGUUGCUUUGCAUGCUCAGCUUUACUAACAGUGGGAUCAUCAGUGUUGCAGUUGUAGCAGCAGUGAGGUUAUCAUAGUUAAUCUCGGUUGAGUGAGUAAUUUCGUGUUAUUUACAACCAAAACCUGAAGUAAAUAACAAAAGGGUGUAUUACAGUGUAUUUGAUGUAUUUUGUAUUUAGACAGUAGGUCUGUAAUACAGUGCUUGCAUAGGAUUUUAAAGGCAGCUGCUUGAAGAAGUAAAAGUUGCAAAAAGUUGUUUUUUCCCUACUCGUGUUUGCAGUGGAGGCAAGUGAGACCCUCAGACAAAGACCAUGUUAAAAGUGUAAUCUUCUUAUCAUAACUGUGAGCGUAUGUUUCACAGUUAAAGUAGACACUAAUACAAUAUGUAAAAGAAUCUCAUGAUUAAUUUUAAUGAGACUGUUGAAUAUUUUCUGGUCUUCAUCUGAUAGCUUCAUUUAACUCCAGAUAGCCUGUCUUGCCUUAAUUUAAAUACAUGCUAUACUGUAUUUGCAAAAAUUGGAAAGGUUGUAUUGAUAUCUAUGGAUUCUGUGCCUCUCCAGACAAUGUUUCCACUUUCUCAUUUGAGACUGUUCAAAUGUUUGUUUGCUUAUUUGUUUGUGUUUUGCAUAUAAAUAGUUGCUCUGUUUUAGUGUUACCUUAUCUGAAAUGCUUUAUCCUUUAUUUACAAUUAGGGAACGAUGUGAUGCCCGAGGUUGAUGAUUGUUGUGUGCUUUCUGUUCUCUUCGGUGUGGUUUCUGUAGACAUGUGUGUCUAAAUGAAUUAUAGCAUAAAUGGCGUGUUUUAUCGUUUGUACUCCUUUUCAAUUGAGAGAAUUAAAUGUGAAAAAAAGAAGAAAAACACUGCACAAGAUUUAUGGCAGUUAAAUUCCACUAUUUCUAUCAAACACCCUGUGCUUUUCCUGAACUGUAAUUUCCACAUGAUGAUCUUCAUGUCUUUGUAAUGGCUGUUGGCUGUCAUUGUUCACCUCUAUUAGAUAUUCUA